AUGCCACAACAGUACUUGUCCCACCUGGUAAGAAUCUGGCUGCUACUGAGCCAAUUUCCCAGUGAGAUCCCAGCCCAUAAGGACAACGACGUAAUUAAGGCAUGCGGCCGCGAGUUAGUCCGCCAACGUAUCUGGAUCUGCGGCUCGGUCAACUGGGGGGAAAAGGCUCUCCAGCAAGUGCGGCAACUUCGGCAGGCACCUGAAUCACCUACAGAGCUUGCGUCAUCCUCUGUCAUCGAUACAAAAACCUUAAAUACAAUAUUGGAACACAUUCCUAAUCUGUCACAGGAGCUGAAGGCAGCACUGUCUGGGAGGCAGUCAUCAUUACAAGAGCUACAACUUGCUCUGGAAGAUCCAAAUCUUACCUUGAAAGAAUUGAAGGAAAUUCUUCUUAUUGGACAAAAUGAAGCUGAAGACAAAAGUCUUUCAGAAUUAGAAAGCUCAGGCUUAGAUAUGCAUUACCGAAAAAAGAGACAGUAUGUAAACUUCAGUGAAAAGUGCUGUAAUGUAGGUUGCACCAGAAAAGAGCUUGCUUCAAUAUGCUGAGAUGGAAGUAUUGUGUAUUUCAUCUACUGUUUACAUGAUUCUUGAUGACACAUUAACU